AUGACCAAAUAUAUAGAAGUUCCCGAUUUCGAGGAUGUCUUCAAAACGGCCAUGACGUUAUUUAAUGAGGAAAAACGUCCAGAACUAAUCGCACAACAUCCCGAUCUCACCGAAGACAAAAUCCUGAAAGAGUUGAGAAAGCUCUGGAAAAAGGCAACGAAAGAAGAGAAGGCUCCGUUCGACAGGGAAGCAACGCGGCAAGACAGCUAUCGAAAAAGGGUCUAUGGACACAUAAAACUUCCAUUGACCGCCUAUAAAAUAUGGUUUAAAGAGAACAAGGAAGAGUACAUGAGACGAGAUCCGGGAGUUAAGAAUCGCACACUUCAGAAACGGAUGGAAGUGGAUUGGGGUUAUAUGUCACAUGAGGAAAAGGAACCGUAUUUUGAGCAAGAGAGCAUUCAGAGGGCGGAGCAUACGGAGGCUUGCAGAAAACACAAGGAACAUUUAAUAAAGUCGAGAGCAGUGAUCGUUGAAUCACUGGAUAUUAACGAGAUGGCGGAUGAGUUGAACAGUUUGUGGGAGGGGAUACCUGAAGAAGAACGACUUCGGUAUAUGGAGGAAUCGGCGGAAUUUGAGAAGGAAAACCCGUACCCGACAAGGCAAAGAAAAAGAAAGCGUCCUGCCGAUGUGCCACCACAGUCUUCUAAAUCUUCCGAGACUCGUGAGACUCCAGCUCCUGCUCUUGUUCCUGCUCCGUUCAGUCUCUUGACAAGUUUGUUGUCUGCCGAGGUGCCACAGGCUUCUAAAUUUUCCGAGACUCCUGUUCCUGCUCCAGUUCCAUUCAGCCUGUUAGCAAAUUUGUUGUCGAACAACAAUCAGCCAGUCGACCUCGAAGAUAUUCAACCAACUUCUAUGGCUCAACAAUCGUCGUAUCCAUCUGCUCCAACACCUCACAACUAUGGGUACCAUCCGCAAAAUGCGGAUAUGGCUUGGCAACAGCAAUCAUUGUCUUCUGAAUCCUUGUCUGCUCCAGCUCCUUCUGACGACGCGUACCAACCACAAAAUCCGGGUUUUUAUUGGAACUCAGAACCUCAAAUAACUCCAGUUCCUUACACACUCCGAGUACCUCUGGACAGCAUCGAACCCAGUUUAAUACCCGGUUACGGUAGUUCUCCGGUGUCCUAUGCCCCCCUGGGCAACACAAACCAGCUAGUGCCGUCAGAACCUGCUACAAUUCACUAUGACCCCUCGGAGCCAGUACCAUUGGAAAACGUGGAACCAACUUUCAUGACCAAUCAGUGUACACGGAAUCCUCCUACUCAUCAUACUCCCUUGGCCAGUACGAGCCAGCCAGUUUUCAACAAUAUCCAGCCGUCUUUUGAACCACGCCGUCAUUUUUCUCCUCCAGCCACUCCGGCCCUUCAUUUUACCCCUUUGGUCAGUACGAACCAGCCCACUCCCAUAAGUGAUUACUGUGCUUCUCAGACGUCGUCACAACCAGGACCCAUUCCCUUUGUCCCUUUGGUCAGUACGUAUCAGUCAGUGCCUCUGCACAACGAUUUUUCUUGGAAACAACAACAACCACCAUCGUCUUCUGAACACGCUGCUCCUGUUCCGAAUGCUCUGAGAAUCCAAGACGAUAAUUUGGAGAAUUUGGAGAAUAUUCAGCCGUCAUUCGCCCCCAUUGAAGAUUUCCCUUGGGAACAUGCAUUGCAAACUAUUUUUUAG